UCCCUGCGCCUGCGCAGUAGCAGUAUGAUCAUUUAGUUGAUAUGUCCGCCGCUGGGUUCUAAUGAAUAUUUGUGCGGGUGUCAGUGUUGCGGUGAGUGCGUGUCCCUCCGCGGUGCGGCCUGAUGGAGAACCCCAGAGACCUGGUGGAGCAUCCGCCCAGGAAGCGCCGUGACUCGUUUGGGAUGCUGGAUGGUCUGGAGGAGGACCGCAGCAGCUGCAGCACCGAGUCCAGCGGGGGGAGCGGAGCCUCCAGCCCCGAGGACAGCGACGAGGAGGAGCUGGGUGGAGGAGGAGGAGGAGGAGGAGGGGUCACACAGCUCUCCUCUUCCUCCUCCUCCUCCCUGACACUCAUCAAGACCAACGGACAGGUGUACACCUACCCUGACGGAAAGGCCGGCAUGGCGACCUGUGAGAUGUGCGGCAUGGUGGGCGUCAGAGAUGCUUUCUACAGUAAAACCAAACGAUUCUGCAGCGUCUCCUGCUCCAGAAGUUACUCCUCCAACUCCAAGAAGGCCAGCAUCCUCGCCAGACUGCAGGGGAAGCCGCCCACCAAGAAGGCAAAGGUUCUGCAGAAACAGCCUCUGCUGACCAAACUAGCCGCCUACACUCAGCACCAGGCCCACCAGCACAGUGGAGUCAAGAAGAGCAUCAUGGUGGAGGUGUUCGACUGGGGUCGUUACCUUGGAGAUGGAGAUGUGAUUGGAGCACCGGUCAGCUGCUUCAAACACGUCCAGAUGUGGAGGUCGUGGGGAGAUAUCAGUGAAGGCGUCCGUGUCGAGGUCCCGAACACGGACUGUGUUCUGCCCAUGAAGGUCUACUGGAUCGCUGGAAUCAUCAAACUGGCCGGUUUUAAGGCCUUGCUGCGAUACGAGGGUUUCGACAGCGACUCCUCCAGAGACUUCUGGUUGAACCUGUGUGUGCCCGACAUCCACCCGGUGGGCUGGUGUGCAGCGGGAGGAAAACCUCUGGUCCCCCCUCAGACCAUCCUGCACAGGUUCACUAACUGGAAGACGUUCCUGAUCAAACGACUAACAGGAUCUAAAACACUGCCGCCGGACUUCUCCUCCAAGGUGCAGGACAGCAUGCAGGUGCCCUUUAAGAAGCAGAUGAGGGUGGAGGUGGUGGAUAAAACUCACCUGUGUCGCACUCGUGUCGCCCUGGUUGAACAGGUGAUCGGCGGGCGUCUCCGUCUGGUGUACGAGGAGUGUGAAGACGGCACAGACGACUUCUGGUGUCACAUGUACAGCCCUCUGAUCCACAGCAUCGGCUGGUCUCGAUCCAUUGGACACAGAUUCAAACGAUCCGAUGUGUCGAAGAAGCCGGUCUGUCAGACGGACGCUCCGGGACAGCUGUUCACUAAGGUGAAGGAGGUGGAUCAGAGCGGCUCCUGGUUUGAAGAUGGGAUGAAGCUGGAAGCCAUCGACCCUCUGAACCUGUCUGCCAUCUGUGUGGCCACAGUCAGGAAGGUCCUGGCAGACGGGUACCUGAUGAUCGGUAUCGAUGGUUCGGAGGCAGCCGACGGUUCAGACUGGUUCUGUUAUCACUCCACCUCCCCGUCCAUCUUCCCCUCUGGCUUCUGUGAGAUCAACAACAUCGAGCUGACUCCACCCAGAGGUUACACUCACCUGCCCUUCAGGUGGUUCGAGUACCUGAAGGAGACGAAGGCGGUGGCUGCUCCUGUCGGCCUCUUCAACAAGGAUGUUCCUAACCACGGGUUCCGUCCCGGUAUGAAGCUGGAGGCCGUGGACCUCAUGGAGCCCAGGCUGGUCUGCGUCGCCACGGUGACCCGCAUCGUCCACAGGUUGCUACGGAUACACUUUGAUGGCUGGGAGGACGAGUACGAUCAGUGGGUGGACUGUGAGUCACCGGACCUGUACCCGGUCGGCUGGUGUCAGCUGACCGGGUACCAGCUGCAGCCUCCCGCUCUCAGCGCAGGCUGCAGAGAUCUCCAGUCAGCCUCCAAACAGAGGAAGAAGUCUCAGCAGUAUAAAGGACAGAAGAAAAAGAGGAAGCUGCCUGUCGCCAAGCGACCUGUCAGUCUGUCCGGUGCCAUGGUAACAGGUGUCCCCAGGAGCCUAUCAGGAGACGAGAACGAGACUCCGCCUGAUUACCCAUCACCCCCUACUCCUGCCUCAGCUGCCCAGCCGACCUCUGGUGACCCCGAGAGCAGCUCGAACACUGAGGGGGGGGCAGUUUUGCAGAUUAAAGAAGAAAAUGUGGAUGGAUCAGAACUUCCUCCUGAACGGACUGAAACAGAAACCAAUGGAGGUUCUGGGGAGUUUUUCAGCAGCCAGGACCAGUAGGCCCGACCCGCCUGGACCCGCCUCUCCUUCAUCUCUCCGUCUGUUUCUAGAAUCAUGACUCAGUCCUCGUGAACUCGUCUGCUGUGAUCACAUCACACUUUACUUUUCUAUCUGAACAAACUGAAGUGGUUCUGUUAGCUGGACCAUGCCUGUCAGAACUCACCGGGCCUCGUCGGGCCGUCCUCUGCUCCACAUCCAUGUGUUUAUACCUCAGCUUUUGUCUCUGUCCUCCAUCAGAAUUCAUCAGAAUUCAUCCUGAUGGAUUCAGGAAACUCUCGGACGAUGAAAUCGUGUCCAGAAUUCUGCGUUUGUUGAUUUGAAGCUUCGUUAUCGUGAGAAUUUGGGAAUUUUUGUUUUUAGCUGAAUUCUGAUUUUUUUUCUUUAGAAUUUAGAAAUCUGAAAAAUCUUGUUCUGACUUUUUGACUUUUUGAUUUUAUUUCACUUUAAACCAGAACAUGAAGGAUUUUUUCCCAGAAAACUGUUUUGAAAUUCUUCAGAUCUUCAGACAGAACAGAACCACUUGGACCCUGGACCUGAGAAUUUCUUUAACUCUGGCUACAAUCGUGCAGGAAGUGACUCGAGGACUGACUGGUUCUCUGCAGCCGGAGAGCUGGUCAGCUGUCCCGACCGUAGCUGCCUGUUGGGACGGGACAUUUAGCUUGUUUGCUAACAGGAGGCUAACUGCUGGAAGCUAACUAACGCUGCAGAGUGAAAUGGUUCUGAGCCGGUCCGACCGAUGCUGCAGGAGUCAGUCAGUCCCUCUGCACUUCCUGUGCCCUCAUCCUGAAGCAGUGAGGUUUUGUUCUACGAUAUAAAACAUGUCAGUGAAACACGCUCGAGAACUUUGAAGCUCGUGUGUUGGAUGCUAACACGAGGCUACCGAAGGCGUCUGGGACGUUAAACAACAGUAAAGUGUCGUCAGAAGCGGCGCUGUGGUGACGUGUAGCUCGUUUAUCGUGUGACGUCGAUCUGUGAAGAACAACACAGUUUUUGAAAGUGCGUGUCGAUCUUCUGUUAGCCGCAGUCUGUCAGACGCUUCCUGCCCAUAAAAAAACAUCAAAUUAUUCAGUGGAAAAGUCUCCUGGCGUUUCCGUGGAGAGCGCUCUGCUCUUCACUUCAUCUCGUCAGCUCCAUUUUUCAGCUUCCCCAAUAAAGAUAUUCUCUGUUGAGUCGUUAAAACGAUCCGAUGGACCGCGAGCUGACGUCAUCAACAGACGUGGACGGAAACCUCCGAAGAUUUAAAACACUCCAAAAUCAAAAAGACACAAAAGUUUCAAAAAGUGUUUCCUGUCGAGUGAACAACAGAGACACAUGAAGAAGAAUCAGUAGUGUCUUUGUUCCUCCGGAGAGAAAAAGAAUCAACAGAAGCGAAAAAAACCUGAGAAACGUUUUAUAUGAUGAUAUUUUUAACGCCAAAAUCUUUGUUGUUUGUUCGUGUUACCGUGAUGUGUUCAAGGUCCAGAGCUCCUGAUGUAGAGAUGAGAACCCUGGACGCUGUGAUGUCAUGUUGAGAUUAGCAGUCAUUUAAAACGUGUGUGUGUGUGUGUGUGUGUGUGUGUGUGUGUGAUGUGUUUGGAUUCUGGAUCAGCCACAGAACCAGAAUCCAGCUAAGGAGAGCUGCAGAUAAUAAAUAAAUAAAUAAAUAAAUAGAUAAAUAAAAUAGAAAGAUGAAUAAAUAGAAGCGCUGCAUCGACAUGUGGAAGUCGUCUCAGUGUCGUUUAACGUUUUCGUGCUGCAGAUUGAGACCAGCAGACUUUACAUAGAAACUAUUAAAUGAUAGAGUAAUGAAAUGAUUCGGUCAGGAUCAUCUGUUGAAAGUUUGAGUUCGUAAUUUGAGCUCAACUGGGUCUCGACAGGCGAUGAAUGUUUGGUACAAAGUACAAAUACUCAAGUACGAGUGAAACGAUUACAGCGUGAAUAAAUAGCUCCAGCUACGUUCCGUUUUCAUAUUUCUAAAUUCUGAGUUUAUUGCAGUUCUGAAAGUUACAUUAACGCUUCAAGAUAAACAACCCGUUAUGAAGUUUUAUAUAAAAGACUUUUAUUCUGAAGUCAGAGUCAAAAAGUGACUUCCUGUCUGUCCAUCAGUACAGUACAGAACUCUGAAUGUAUUUGUUAGUGUUCGGUCCAUGUUGGAUGUCUGUCCGGGUCAGCACGUAGAACUCAACGCACACUUUAUCGUCAGCCAGUCGAUGUUCUGCUGCUUCAGACAGAACUGAUCUGUUCCGGUGCUGGUUUAUAUGAAGACACACGUCCAGAACCGAACCAGAUCCUUGUUGGACUUGGUUCAGCAGAGUUGUGCAGCUAACGGUCCGUUUGUCUUCACAUGCAAACUGUUGAUACCUCACAAAAGGUUUAUCAGACUCAGAGUGAAGAUCGUUGUCGUGAUGUAAGAACAGUUAUAUUAUAGUUUAUAGUUUACAGAUUAUUAGUUUAAGUAUAUUUGAUUUAAAACACUGAAACAGUUGAAGAUGAUCAGAUUGUAAAUUCUGAUAUUAAACAUGUUUAAGGUGAAACAGAUGAAGGUAAAUUUACAUUUACAGAUAAAAAGAAAACUAUGUUUUAAGUUGAACAUUAUUAUUAUUAUUAUUAUUAUCAUCAUUAUACGACAGAAUAAUCAUCAGUCACAAAGAACACAGUUUGAAGUCAUAAAGCUCGCUGACAUCAGGUUAUUGAUCUGAUCCAAUCAGUCGUGUUCAUAGCUUAGCGUUAGCUUAGCUAACGCUAAGCUAAUGUUAGCGUUAUGGAUAGAUGAAAGCCUCCGAGUUAUUCAGAGUUGACUUGAGAACAUUUUUGUCUUUACAGCGGUUCUGAUCCGUGUUCUUUAUCUCAGUCAUCUCAUGAUUUUCAUGAAGUGACUCAAAUAUUUUGACUUGAUAUUUUUAUGAUUUUUAACUUUUAGCUGCGACAGAAAAGAGCUUCCACACUGAUCUGACAUGGAGCCUGUUUCCAUGGUGACGGUGCACAAAUGAAGCAUUGUUGGGCUCACUGUGUGUGUGUGUGUGUGUGUGUGUGUGUUUCUUGUUACCGCCGUUGCUGUGUGUGUUUGUGUUUGUCGUCUUUUUGUACGUGAGCGUCGAUAACGUUGGACGUCUUCGUGUUUCGGUGCUACUGACGUUUUACAUUUGAUACGUUUUUAUAGAGCGAUUCUGCCGGACCGCCUGCGACCCGGUCGACCCAGUUGUGUUCUGGACGCAGCUGUUUGUGAUUUGUUUGUUUGUGGAGAAAAUAACUGAUCUGUGUUUCAGCUGGAAACUGCUCAGUCUGAUGAUUUCAUCCUUGGAUUCUGUGAUCGUCCGUCAGUUUGUGACGUUCAGGGUCCCGAGGGGAAGCCGCAGGUUCUACAGGGUUUCUGGAGGUUUUAAAGAUGGCCGUGUUUUCUUAGUGAGACAGAACUCAGAUCAGCUGCUCUGCAGUUAGUAAUGGGUCAGAGAGGAUUCUGUGAUCACGACUGAAAGUUUAGCUUUUUUUCCCAUCUUUUAAAUGGAGUUAACAAAAUGUUUUGUUUUUCAUUUUUCAUUGCAGCCGAGUCGUCAUCACCGAGGGAAGUUACCCAAAAGACUAAGUUCAGGAGAAUUGUUUAAAUUUCCCCUGAAAAUGUUUUUUUUUUUUUUUUUCAAACUUUUUCAGACGUGAAACAAAACAUUUGGAAACAAUAUUUUAAAAUCAAAGUUUAAUGUCUCGAACAAAGUUUGGAUCCAAAAAUGUUCAGACUGAUCAAAGUUGCACCGGAUACAAACAGAAUCAGAAUUAAAAGGAGUGACGUGCUGCUGAGCUCCAGAGUUUUAUCUCAACAAAACAAGAUGAGGAAAUCGUGAUCGCAGAAAACUUAACUUUCAUUCAUGAACCGGACUGAACUGUUCAGAACCGCAGCCGCUCUCGGGCUCGGACGGCUACGGACUCGUUUUCAAAUGGACAAUAAUGGAGCUGCUGUCUGGUGCUCUGCUGCUGUAAACCUGCAGACAGCCGACACCAAACAGCACAACGUUUGGAUCAAAGUAAAGUCUGCAGAACCGAGCCCAGACUGAAGCUGCUUUUACUUUGACUUUUUUUCUUUUUAUUCGUGUCUGUUUGUGUGUUUUGGUCGACAUGUUCGUGCUGUGAACACGCCGUUAAUGGAGCUGUUCUCAAAACAUGCAAAUGUUUCUGAAAAUCUACAUGUAGAUUUAAUCUAUAUCCAGAUUAAUGUCCAGAUAUAGAUUAAUAUCUAUAUAUAGAUUAAUAUCUAUAUACUGUUUGUGUUCUGUACAGACGUUAACUGUCAUGAAGCUUUUUUUAAUACAUUGUGCAAUUUUUGGCAGCAUGAUUGUGAAGAAUUUCUGACUCACUUUACAUUUUUUAUGCAAUAAAAAAGUUAUGAGAAAAUAACUGUUGACAGAAAA